AUGACUUCCUUGAAGCAAUUCAUCCGCAAUGUGCGCGCAGCAAAAACCAUCGCCGACGAGCGGGCCGUGGUUCAGAAGGAGAGCGCAGCCAUUAGGGCGAGCUUUAGGGAGGAAAGCCACGAUUCAGGCGUGAGGCGAAACAAUGUCGCGAAGCUCCUAUACCUCUUCACGCUUGGCGAGCGGACACAUUUCGGACAGAUCGAAUGUUUGAAGCUGCUGGCAUCUCCCCGCUUCGCCGACAAGCGCUUGGGUUACCUAGGCACUAUGCUGUUACUCGAUGAGAAUCAGGAAGUCUUGACGCUGGUGACAAACUCGCUCCAGAAUGACCUGAACCAUCCAAACCAAUAUAUUGUCGGUCUCGCUCUGUGCACCCUCGGAAAUAUUGCCUCGGUCGAGAUGUCGCGAGACCUGUUUCCCCAAGUCGAAACGAUCCUCUCAAGCGCGAACCCGUAUAUACGGCGGAAAGCCGCCAUCUGCGCCAUGAGGAUAUGCCGCAAGGUACCGGAGCUGCAAGAACACUUCUUAGAAAAAGCAAAGCUGUUGCUGCAAGACAGGAACCAUGGCGUUUUGAUAUGCGGCUUGAACUUUGUCAUCAGCCUUUGUGAGGCCGACGAGGUCGAGGACGAUGAAAACGGCAUCAGAGAUAUAUUCCGCCCGGUGGUGCCAAGCAUGGUCAAGAUUCUGAAAGGCUUGUCGGCAUCUGGAUAUGCCCCAGAACACGACGUGCAGGGUAUCACGGACCCGUUCUUACAGUGCAAGAUUUUGGAACUACUUCGGGUCCUGGGCCGAGGCGAUCUAGGGGUUAGCGAACAGAUCAACGAUAUCCUAGCACAGGUCGCUACUAACACCGAGUCCUCCAAGAACGUCGGAAAUUCGAUUCUGUACGAAGCUGUUCUUACGAUUCUAGACAUCGAAGCCGACUCAGGUCUGCGCGUGCUGGGCGUCAAUAUUCUUGGUAAAUUUUUGUCGAACCGGGACAACAACAUUCGAUAUGUUGCUCUCAAUACGCUCAUCAAAGUCGUUGCGGUGGAACCAAAUGCCGUUCAGCGUCACCGAAACACGAUACUGGACUGUCUGCGAGAUCCCGACAUCUCCAUCCGAAGGAGAGCUCUGGACCUCAGUUUCACGCUCAUCAACGAGAGCAACGUGCGCGUUUUGAUACGCGAGCUCCUCGCAUUCUUGGAAGUUGCCGACAACGAGUUCAAGCCUGUAAUGACCAGCCAGAUUGGUAUCGCGGCAGACAGAUUCGCCCCCAACAAGCGGUGGCACGUCGACACAAUGCUGCGUGUUUUGAAGCUCGCUGGCAACUAUGUAAAGGAGCAAAUUUUGUCAUCUUUCGUCCGCCUCAUUGCUACAACACCGGAUCUCCAAACCUACUCUGUCCAGAAACUCUACGCUGCAUUGAAGGACGACAUUACGCAAGAGGGUCUGACCCUUGCAGGCUCAUGGGUCAUCGGCGAGUAUGGUGAUGCAUUAUUGAGAGGUGGUCAAUAUGAAGAGGAAGAGCUUGUCAAAGAGGUCAAGGAGAGUGACAUCGUCGAUCUGCUUGAUACGAUACUGAGCAGCAGCUAUGCCGGACUCAUCGUUACCCAGUAUAUCGUCACAGCCGCGGUAAAGCUCACAACCCGACUGAACGAGCCUGCACAAGUAGAACGUCUGAGGCGACUACUGCAGAGAUUUGGCACGAAUUUGGAUGUUGAGAUCCAGCAGCGUGCUGUUGAGUAUCUCAAUCUUUUCGGUGUCGACCAGAUUCGGAAAGGUGUGCUGGAGAAGAUGCCUCCUCCCGAGAUUCGCGAGGAGCAGCGAGUGCUUGGCGAGGCAACCAAGAAGCGGCAAUCAAAGAUCUUAAAGAAGAAACCAGCACAAGCUGCAACCGAGGACCUCCUGCUCGACCUCAUGGGCGACUCCGGUGUGCCUGGGGAUGCCAACGGAAAUAUCAAUGGCUCACAAGCUCAGAGCACCGACCUUCUAGCAGAUAUCAUGGGCGGAGGUCCAUCCACUUCGUCACCGGCUCCUCAGACCACUUCACCUCCUCCUUCCAAUGUUGCUAAUAUCAUGGACCUUUUCAACUCAGGCCCUUCGAGUUCUCCGGCGCCCGCGCAAUCGCAACCACCACCUGCGUCAUCCUCAUUAGAUAUUCUUGGUGGUAUGUCGUCUCCACCACCACAAGCUCCAAUGUCCGCCGCAUCAGGGCCCCCAGCGCAUACUGCGUACAACAAGAACGACCUGCACGUCACUUUCCAGCUCAAGCGCGACGCGAAUGCUGUUCAGCUACUUGCUCGUUUCCGUAACGUUGGCAACUUCAGCCACUUGUCGGGAGUUAGCUUGCAGGCGGCCGUACCCAAGAGCCAGAAGCUGCAAUUGCAACCUAUCAGUUCGGGUGAACUGGAUGCCGGUCAGGAAGCUACACAGCAGAUGAGGGUGACCGCCGUCAAUGGGACACCACCUGCACGGUUACGAUUAAGGCUGAAGAUCGCAUUUUCAGCUGGUGGUGCGCCAGUAACGGAGCAACUCCCUCCCAUUCCAAACGGCGAAUUCUGCGUCUACGGAAUUGUUUAUGCAUACCCCGACCGAGCAGACGACCUCGAGAGAAUCUACGCGGAGACGACACGACUAGCGCAGUACGAAAAAGGCAUUAUAUACUACUGUCUUGGGCGGGACAGCCAAGACGCCACGAUCUUCCAUUUCUUUGAACGCUACAGGGGAAAGGAGGCGUUUGACGAACAUAAUCGACAGCCUAUCGUGCAGAAGCUGUUGACGGAUAAGAUCUUUAAGAGGGUGACGGCGAGUUUUGUUAAGCCGAUUUUGGCGGGUGCGGAGGGAGGGAAUGCAUGA